AUGUCGUCGUUGUCGAGCAUGUUCGGGUGUGGAGUGGUGAUGGCGCCACCACAAGCACUGGGAAUUGGAAAGAGAAGUGACGGAGGAUUGACGAUAGUGUGUUCGUCUCGGCCGAAGAAGAAAGCGACGGCGCAUCACAUGAAGACUCGGCCACGGAAGACGCAGCCAUGGGAUAUAAACCGCAAGCCAACUGUGUACGAUCCUAUGCCUCCUCUUCCUCCGGAUUGGACUCUCGUUAUUCCCGCCGACGCUUCUUCUGCUCCCGCUGCUCCUCCGCCUCCCUCUGCCUAG